AGCACCGACGUGCAGCACCGAGGAGGAGUACGGAGAGGUGGAAGGGCCGGAGCAUGGCACGGGAGCUGAGCCAGGAGGCCGUGCUGGACUUCCUCUGGGAGGCCGGGGGCCGAGCCCCCAACACGGCGCUGCUCCGCCACUUCCAGCGCUUCCUCCGCGACCCAGCCCUGACGGAGCCGCAGCAGCGGGAGCGCCGCGAGUACUUCAAGCGCCUCGUCAACUCCCUGGCCACCGUCCACCCCGGCGCCGCCCCCGGCGCCUCCAAGGACAUCGUCCUCCGCCGCAGGUACCGCGACCUCCUCGAUGAGGAGCUGCCGCCGCCAGAGGAGCAGCAGGAGGACAAGGAGCCGCCGCCGCUGCCCCGACGCGACCCCGACGGGAGGCGCUGCCCCCCGGGGGAGGCGGUGGGGAAGAGGCCCCCGGGCGGGGGGCAGCCUCAGGGGGCUGCCGUCGGGGGGGGCUGUUCUGCCCGGGGCCGCGGCGGACUCUGCUGUGAGUGCCGCCGAGCGCUCCGCGCUGCCGCCGCCGCUCCGCCCCCCUAUCGGACCCGGCCGCUGUCCUCGGGCCCGUGGAUGCUUCACCCCGACGGGCACCAGCGCUGCCGGCCCCCGGCACUGCCGACGGGUCCUGGGGAGCUGACCGCAGCGGGGCUGCCCCCAUACCAGACCCCACAGCCGCCCUCUGCCAGACCGACCCGGUGCCGGUCCCCACCGUUGUCCCGGGGCCUGCCUCCCCCUGGGUCAGCCCCAUCCGGGUCCCUGACACCACAACGCCCUGGAGGGUCUCCCCCAAGCCGAGCCCUGCCACUGCCGCCGGGCCAUGGGGUGCUGGCCCCUGACAGGCUCCCUCAGCCCUCGCCUCCCCCGCAGCUCCCUACCGGGAUGCCCCUACUGAAGGCUCCACCACCCUCAUCAAGCCCGGGGCCGCGGCCCCGCAGCGGACAGUCCCAGUCCCCUCUGCUGCCAUCGGGCCCUAGGGCGCUGUCCGCCACCGAGCUGGCCCUUCCCAGCUCCCCACAGCAUCCCCUCGCCGAAGCACCCCCAUCCCGAUCCCUGCCGCUGCUGUCCGCCCCAGAGGUGCUGCCCCUGUCCCGGUCCCUGCAGGCGCUCCCUGCCAGCACCUCCUCAUCCCCACAGCAUCCAUCCGGCCCAAACCUGCUACCCUCCACCAGGCUGCCCCCGGCACAGUCCCGGUCCAUGCAGCAUCUCCUCACCAGUCCAGCCCCACUGAGGUCAUCCAGGGUCCUGGCCCUCAGUGAGCCAACCCAACCUCAAACCUUGCUGCUGCACCCACAUCAAACCCUGCCGCUGCCAUCACGUCCUGGGGCGCUGCCCCCCACUAGGCCACCCCCGUCCCAGUCCCCACCACAGUGCUCCACCCAAACACCCCCUGCCAGGCCACCCCCGUCGCAGCCCUUAAUGAAAGCAGAGGGCCCCGCAGAGCCCCGCGCCCCAGAGAGCACCCCCCCAGCACCACCUCCUGUCUUCAGGAGCAUCAGGUGCCAGCUCGCUCUGCUGGAGGUGCAGGGCAGCCCCCUGGCACUGCCAGAUGACUGCGGGCAGCAGCCCCGCACCCUGCCCUCCAAGGGCUCCCCUCGGCACGUCCCGGGCCGGGGGCUGCUGGUGCCGCUGGGGCAGCGGGAGCACGCCUGGCUGGUGGCGGUGUCCGCGGGGCGCUGGGCUCGGGUGCGGGGGCUCUUCCUGGAGGAGCCGGAGCUGGCUCUGCAGAGGGACUUCAUUUCGGGCUUCACUGUCCUCCACUGGCUGGCCAAGCACGGGGACGGGCCCGGCCUGCAGGAGCUGGCGGCAGCGGCACGGCAGGCGGGGCUGGCCCUGGAAGUGGAUGCGCGUUCGGGCUGCGGGUACACGCCGCUACACCUGGCUGCCAUCCACGGGCAUCAGCUCGUCAUCAAGGUGCUGGUGCUGCAGCUGGGCUGCCAGGUACAGCUGCGGGACAGCAGCGGGCGCAGGCCCUGGGAGUACCUGGGCAGCGCCACCUCGGGGGAGAUCUGGCAGCUCCUGGAGGCUCCCCGAGGCACAAUCAUGUUCCCCACUCAGCCCCUGGCCCGCAGCGUGUCCUCUGGCAGCAAGGUCUCACUGCCUGCAGGCAGGGCAGCGCUGCCCGCCUGCCUCAGACAGCAGCACGGCCGCCGGGCAGCAUCCCACCGCACCGGCAGCGAGAGUGACUGAGACGGCUCCCUGCGAUCCUGCCAGGGAGAUGGGGCCUUGCUGGCCAGCCUGCAAGGGGAAGCCAUGCAGGCAGAAAAUGCUGUGAAACAGACUGAGCCUAUUGGGGAAUGUACUUUAAAUUAAUCUGAUGAACUGUCUGA